UCGACCGAACAUUGCAUGCUUCAAACCUCCCUUCAGCUUCCCUAGACUCGCUUUAGUUCAGUCCCCCUUUCAGGCUUACCGUCUUCCCCUUUACGCGGUCUUCGCCGGGUUAGAGUCCCUCCCUCGCCCUGUCCUGACCUCUGAAGGCAUAGGAACAUCUCAGUCUCUCUCCCUCCCUCUCGAUUUCUCCCUCUCUCUAUCUUAGGCAAACGAACCCUAGUUGUUUAAGGUUUCGAAGUCCCGGAGCUUCACGAACCAACGAAAAUGAAGCUGUACAGGCACUUACUAUUGGCGGCCCUCCUCGGCCUCAGCCUCGGCCAGUCGUUGACUUACCUUCCGCCCACCAACGGCAACGGUAACGGGAACGGUGUCAACGGAAACGGAGUGAACGGCAACGGUGUCAACGGCAACGGCUACACGAAUGGUAAUGGAGUCAACGGAAAUGGCGUCAAUGGUAAUGGUUACACCAACGGCAACGGCGUGAAUGGCAAUGGUGUCAACGGCAACAGAUAUACCAAUGGCAACGGUGCUAACGGCAACGGUGUCAACGGCAACGGCGUCAACGGUAAUGGCUACACCAAUGGCAACGGCGUCAAUGGAAACGGUAUCAACGGCAACGGUGUGAAUGGCAAUGGCUACACCAACGGUAACGGCGUUAACGGCAACGGCUACACCAACGGUAAUGGAGUCAAUGGCAACGGAGUGAACGGCAACGGCAACGGCGUGAAUGGCAAUGGCUACACCAAUGGUAACGGAGUCAAUGGCAACGGUUACACCAACGGCAACGGCAACGGUGUGAACGGCAACGGCUACACCAAUGGAGUGAACGGCGUCAACGGCAACGGUGUGAACGGCAACGGCUACACCAACGGUAACGGUGUGAACGGCAACGGCUACACCAACGGUAACGGUGCGAACGGCAACGGCUACACCAACGGAGUGAACGGCGUCAACGGUAACGGUGUGAACGGCAACGGCUACACCAACGGCAACGGUAACGGAGUGAACGGCAACGGUUACACUAACGGUGUCAAUGGCAACGGUGUCAACGGUAACGGCGUCAACGGUAACGGCUACACCAACGGAGUGAACGGCGUCAACGGCAACGGUGUCAACGGUAACGGCUACACCAACGGAGUGAACGGCGUCAACGGCAACGGUGUCAACGGUAACGGCUACACCAACGGAGUGAACGGCGUCAACGGCAACGGUGUCAACGGUAACGGCUACACCAACGGAGUGAACGGCGUCAACGGCAACGGUGUCAACGGUAACGGCUACACCAACGGAGUGAACGGCGUCAACGGCAACGGUGUCAACGGUAACGGCUACGCCAACGGAGUGAACGGCGUCAACGGCAACGGUUUCGUGGAUCCGAUCACCGCCCUCAGCUCGGCCAUCGGCGGCGGCGGCGUGGCCGGCGUGGACUACCCCAUCCUGGCCUCCGUGCCCGCCACCGGCUUCUCCUGCGCCGGCCAGAUCCCCGGCUACUACGCCGACACCGCCCCCGAGUCCUCCUGCCAGGUGUUCCACAUCUGCCAGGCUGACGGACGCCAAGACUCCUUCCUCUGCCCCAACGGCACCGUCUUCAACCAGCAGUACUUCGUGUGUGACUGGUGGUACAACUUCGACUGCUCCACCGCCGCUCAGUUCUACGGACUCAACGCCAACAUCGGGGUGGUCAACGGCGUCAACGGAGUCAACGGUGGAAACGGAUACACUAACGGUGUGAACGGAAUCAUUAACGGAAAUGGUCUGAAUGGCAACGGUUACGCCAACGGUAACGGAGUGAACGGCAACGGCUACACCAACGGUAACGGAGUCAACGGCAACGGAGUGAACGGCAACGGAGUCAACGGUAAUGGUUACACCAACGGUAACGGAGUCAACGGCAACGGAGUCAACGGUAACGGUUACACCAACGGCAAUGGAGUCAACGGCAACGGAGUCAACGGCAACGGUUACACCAACGGCAACGGCGUCAACGGUAACGGAGUGAACGGCAACGGUUACACCAACGGCAACGGCGUCAACGGUAACGGCUACACCAACGGCAACGGCGUCAACGGUAACGGAGUGAACGGCAACGGUUACACCAACGGCAACGGAGUGAACGGCAACGGUGUCAAUGGUAACGGUUACACCAACGGCAACGGAGUGAACGGCAACGGCGUCAAUGGUAACGGUUACACCAACGGCAACGGAGUGAACGGCAACGGCGUCAAUGGUAACGGUUAUACCAACGGCAACGGAGUGAACGGCAACGGCGUCAAUGGUAACGGCUACACCAACGGAAACGGAGUCAACGGCAACGGUGUCAACGGAAAUGGCUACACCAACGGAAACGGAGUCAACGGCAACGGUGUCAACGGAAACGGAGUGAACGGCAACGGUGUCAACGGAAACGGCUACACCAACGGAAACGGAGUCAACGGCAACGGUGUCAACGGAAACGGUUACACCAACGGCAACGGAGUCAACGGCAACGGUGUCAACGGAAACGGAGUCAACGGCAACGGUGUCAAUGGUAACGGUUACACCAACGGCAACGGUGUGAACGGCAACGGCUACACCAACGGUAACGGCAACGGGAACGGUCCCUCCCCGUCAGGUCUCUACCAAACGCCGGCGCUCUAGACACGUUCCGCUCACCCCCUUCUUUACUACAGCCAUGCCACCGACCUCCUCCUCCCCCUUAUCCACCACCUCUUUUCCUCUCGUCUCUCCUCUCCCUUCCUCCUCCUCCUCCUUCUCCUCUUUAUUUUCAAGGAAUAUCUUCACGUCUAUUGUCUUAAUACAUUUUAUAUUCAUCGUUGUAAAUUGGUAAGUCUCUCUCUCUCUCUCUCUCUCUCUCUCUCUCUCUCUCUCUCUCUCUCUCUCUCUCUCUCUCUCUCUCUCUUGCUUUUCCUUUAUUUUCUCUUCCCCUCUCCCUCUCUUUCUGUCUCAUUGGUUUUACUUGCAUUUUCUUUUGUUUCUUCUUCCCUCCUCUAUUACGUUUUCUCUCUCUCUCUCUCUCUCUCUCUCUCUCUCUCUCUCUCUCUCUCUCUCUCUCUCUCUCUCUCUCUCGCACCCCGACAGCCCCCACCCGGCCACCAGAGGGUCAGAAAGAAGCCAUAGUAUAAGUGUACCUGUUAUGAGGUGCCUGUGGACGUGACACACACACACACACACACACACACACACACACACACAGAGUUGUUUUCACAUCAUAAGAAUAAUUUGUUUUCUGUUUAUCUUUUUUUUUUUAUAUAUACAGGAAAGAAAAGAAUAAUAAGAAAAUCAAGAGUUAUAAAUAUAAUUCUUCUGAACUCUUUUAAAUAGGGGCAGUGUUUUGUGGGCUUUUUUUUUCUCAUUAUUAUUUUUAUUUCGCCCUUGAGCUGCUUCCUUUACUGUAAAAAAAAAAGAUCAUCGUUAUCAUCAGUAUUCAUGUUAUCACUCUUGAGCAACGAAGGAUGUUUUCAUAUUUAUAUCUUCAAGUACAAUAAUUUCUUUAAUAUAUUCAGAAUGCAUUAUUUUUUGUCAUAUUUAAACACUGUGAAGGCAACCUGUAUAACCUUAUAUUUACCUGUGUGUGAUGUCGCGUGUUGUUGCAAGCACAGGCGGAGAGUAACUUAUGGUUGAUAUAGAUGUUAUUUAUGUACCGUCAAGCGAAAACCACAAAAAAAUAUACGUGAAUAAAUAUACGUAACAAUA